AUGUCCUCCAAACUAGACUACAUCAGCGAUACCUGGAAAGACGGCAUAUUUGCCAACAAGGUCGUCUUCUGCACCGGCGGCGCAGGAACAAUCUGCAGUGCCCAAGUUCGCGCUCUCGUCCACCUAGGUGCAAACGCAUGCAUCGUCGGACGGAACGUGGAGAAGACAGAGCGUGUUGCUAAGGACAUUGCCACUGUUCGGCCGGGUGCGAAGGUCAUUGGCGUUGGGGCUGUGGAUGUGCGCAAGCUUGAGAGCUUGCAUGACGCGGUUGCGCGGUGUGUGGAGGAGUUUGGGGGGAUUGAUUUUGUGAUUGCCGGUGCCGCAGGCAAUUUCCUUGCUUCUAUCAACCAGCUCUCUGCCAAUGCUUUCAAAUCGGUGAUUGACAUUGACGUCCUGGGAUCCUACAACACCCUCAAAGCAACCCUGCCGUAUCUGGUGGAGUCAGCCAAGAAGCACAGGAUUGACCCGAACACUCUCAAACCUUCUCCCGCCGGCACAGGCGGCCGAAUCAUCUUCGUCAGCGCGACGAUCCACUACAGAACAAUGCCCUUCCAGACGCACGUCUCCGUCGCCAAAGCAGGCAUUGAUGCUUUGUCGCACAGCGUUGCUAUUGAGUUUGGUCCAUUGGGUGUUACUUCGAAUAUCAUUGCUCCGGGACCUAUUGCGGCGACUGAGGGCAUGGAUCGUCUCCUUCCCUCAGACGCCAAGCAAGCGUACAUCAAGUCCCAGCCAUUGGGCCGGAUCGGCUCCGUUAGGGAUAUUGCAGAUGCAACGGUCUAUCUCUUCGCGGAUACUGGAAGCUAUGUUAGUGGACAGGUAUUAGUUGUUGAUGGCGCAGCCUGGCGUAUGUCUGCUGGCGGUGGCUCGUUUGGAAAGCUCGAGUACCCCGAUUUCCUGUUGUCGGGGGAUGCGGUCCCGAAUGUGAAGGGGUCGAAGGAGAAGUCGAAGUUGUAA